AUGAGGACUACAGUGGCCCUGAGAGCUAGGAAAAGGAGAACAGAUGUGAUUUUUCUUGUGGUGGGAGUUAGUGUGGUCCUGUAUGGAAUAGCACAUCUUCUCCACGAACUAGCCGCCUCUGGAUUGGGUACUGCUUCAAGAACUCGUCGAGAUAUUUCGGCGGAUAAUAUAACCAAGUGCGUACAGGCUCCUUCAUCUGAAUUUCCUGAAGGAUUCUUCACACUGGAAGAGAGAAAGCAGGGAGGGAUCAUUAUUCAUUUUAUCAUCAUCCUCUACAUGUUGUUGGCUAUAGAUGUCGUGUGUGAAGAAUACUUCCUGCCUUCUCUAGAGGUCAUCAGCGAGUGCCUUGGUCUCUCCCAAGAUGUUGCUGGAGCAACAUUUAUGGCUGCAGGAAGUUCUGCACCUGAACUGGUCACAGCUUUUCUAGGGGUGUUUGUGACAAAGGGAGAUAUUGGAGUCAGUACAAUAGUUGGGUCAGCAGUUUACAAUUUGCUUGGAAUCUGUGCUGCGUGUGGAUUAUUAACUACCAUGGUUUGCAGGUUGACUUGCUGGCCACUGUUCAGAGAUUGUGCAGCUUAUGCGAUCAGUGUUGCAGCACUAGUUCUUGUUAUCUUUGACAAUGCAAUCUACUGGUAUGAGUCUGCUUUGUUGUUGUUGAUCUAUGCACUGUACAUUGUGGUUCUGUGCUUUGACAUUCAAAUAAAUCAAUACCUAAUGGAGAGGUUUAGCCCAUGCUGCACCUGUUUAACACGAGCAAUGGAAGAAGACAAUGAACAGCAGCCACUAAUAGAUUGGCAAGAGAAAACUGGGCCACUGGUACAUCGCCAUUCUCGAUCAGACAGUGGGAUUUUUCAAGAGGAUUCUGAUUAUUCCCAACUCUCUCUCAGUUUACAUGGGCUCUCUGAAAAGAUUGAAGACAAAUCCCAUGUUUUUGAAGUGCCUGAAUCAGAUACAAAGCGAAUCAUGUGGGUACUAUCGCUCCCCAUUGCUGCUUUGCUGUCCAUCACUACCCCUGAUUGUCGUAGACAUCAAUGGAGAAAGUGGUUCAUGCUCACUUUUUUCCUGAGUGCUGUGUGGAUUUCUGGAUUUACAUAUGUGUUAGUUUGGAUGGUAUCCAUUGUAGGCGAAACUCUAGAAAUUCCUGACACAGUGAUGGGUCUCACACUGUUGGCAGCAGGCACCAGUAUUCCAGACACGGUGGCCAGUGUACUUGUUGCCAGAGAAGGCAAAGGAGACAUGGCCAUGUCGAACAUUGUUGGUUCCAAUGUAUUUGAUAUGCUCUGUCUUGGAGUACCUUGGUUUGUUAAAACUCUAUUUGUGGACCCAUCACCUGUACAAGUGAACAGCAAUGGCAUGACCUACACAACGGCUUCUCUCCUCCUUUCCAUUAUCUUUAUAUUUGUGGCAAUUAAAGUUAACGGAUGGAAGUUAGACAAAAAACUUGGAACUGCAUGUCUGCUUGCCUAUGUGGUUUUUCUCACAAUCUCAAUUCUAAAUGAGCUGGGAAUAUUAGGCAAUGUUCUUGUAAGAACAUGUGACUAA